AUGUUUACGCCUCCUCCUUCUCCUCUUCCGUCCCCAAGGUUUCAAAGCUCUGAAUCGCAAAAGCUGCAAAUGACUAACGAUACCCCCACACCCGCUACCCCAACUGCGUCCCCCAUACGUUCAUUCCAAUCCAAACAAAAAUAUACCCUUACUGUUCGCUGGACGAUCAUCUUGGUGCCAAUAAUUCUCAUUUCAAUCGCAGUCUCCACACGCUGUUUUGUUCAUCCAGCAGCGUUUGACGCUUUUUCACCAACCUCGACCCACGAAUGGAAAUCGUGGGCCAAAAGCAUGACCGACUGGUCACUGCAUGAGAAGCACAAACCUAUCGAGAACAUAUCGCAGCUCUCAGUACUAUCUGACACAAGACCAUCUUUCACGAAGAGAAGUACACCUUCAACCACCAUCGCCCCCACUGUCCCAACAAAUCCAACUCUGCCAACCCCGUUUCCCCAGCCCUAUGACACAACUUUGUCAUCAAAUUUCUCGACCACAUCCUGCUACAAUUUCUUCCUUAAUAUGACACAGACAGAUGCUUUACGAUCCUGCCGUCCUUUCUCACUCUUGCUCACUCAUUCUCAAGCAUUUAUAAAGAUACAAGACGAUAUAAAUGCCGUGAACACAGAUAUCUGGGGGACGUGCAACACUGACAUCUCCCAGAGUCAAUGUGACCUGAACAUGGCGUGGUUUGUAUCGGCACUACGUUCUUCAUGUGCUACCGACUUGAACAAUCAAAAUCUCAUGGCAGUCGGCGCAUUGAUAGGUCUACAAGCAUUUGACUUGAUGCGGGAUGCAGCGUGUUCCGUGGAUCCCGUGGCAAAUGCAUACUGUUAUGUCGAAGCAGUGGCGAGCUCUGACCCUUCCAGCUAUUAUUUCUACCAGCUACCCCUGGGACAACCACUGCCCAAAAUCACCAACGGAGCUUGCACCUCUUGCACUAAGAGUCUCAUGUCGAUGUACUCGGCUGCUCUGACCAGCUCAAACGCCUCCAGCUUGACGGGAUUACAAGCUACUUACGGGGAUGCGGCAAACAAACUGAACAAUGCGUGUGGAUCGUCUUACGCGCAAAGUACGACCGUGGCAUCCUCGUCAGCGCCAAAAUUGACGAACGUGGGAGGGGCUUGGGCUGUGCUGCUCGCCGUGGGUGUACUAUCGGUUUCAGUGGGAGAGUAG